ACAUAAGAAGUUGUAAUCCUUUACGACUAAAAUGGGACCCAAAAGUUAAACGUAUGCAAUUCUGGUGUGACGUCACAAAAUGGAGGUCUAACACUCUCACGUGAUCAGCUUUACUCCAGCUUUACUUGCAGGGAAUCCGUUCCUCAUAAAACCAUCCCUGAGUUCCAAUAGCAGUCUGGACAAUUGUUGAAUUUAUCGGUAGAACAUUUAUAGAUAUUUUCACAACUAAUCGUUGGAUUAUUUUAUCCAGAAGAUUACAGCAGCCCUGGACCCCGAACUGCUCCAACCAUCAAAGGCUGGUCUUUGACUGAGGAAUCAUGAGGGUUGCUAUAGCCGCCGUCCUUGCUGCUCUUUUAACCCUGACAAGCGCUCAGACCAGAAGUGCGACGGUCCAGUGUUAUGAGUUUAAGGAAAAAUAUCAAAUGAUAUUCACGGUAGAAAAAAAUGACGACACAGACGUGAAUUUUGUCUAUGCUGUGAAUUCUACCAACAGCAAGGUGGAGACAUGUGCAUCCAGCCUUACGCCUGAACUGUUCACGAUAACAAAUACCUCUUUCUCAAUUGCCAUCAACAUCACAAAGAACAUCGUUAUUGUAGAUGCAAACUGUGAUCAUACCAAGGAUGGUUUAGAAUACCAAUGGCAAUUUUUGACAACUAAGUUUAAAGAUGUGAUCGUGAAGAGUCUGGACGUUUUAUAUGUAGUAGCUUGCAACUUCAGCAAUGCCACACCCACCUUCAUUUCUUCCCACAACAAUGUCACCGGUGAUACAGCCGAGAACGCCCCCCAAAUCAACCAAUACACAUUUGGAAUAGAGGUUUUGGACUCCAGUAACGCUGUUGUGACAACUAUUGCUUUGGGUCAGGAUGUCAAACUCAGGAUUAAACAGCUGACUGGCGAUCCUGUCGCUGUAACUGGUCAUACCUGCUUUGCGAGUCCCGAUGGCAUCUUUGACGGGACUGGCGAUUACGAACUAAUUCUCCCGAAUGGGUGUCCAAGUGUAUUAGGUGGCAUACAGUUUAUGACGGCGGGGUUUACCGGUUCUAUAGGGUCCGCUAUCUCCGGUACGCUCGAGCAGUUUCAGUUUACGGGAUAUCCCAGCGUGCACUAUCAGUGCCUUGUUCGCUACUGCUUGGAUGGGGACAACCAAUGCACAGAUUACUGUGCGUCACAGACAGGAAGAAGAAAGCGUGAAGUCGAAGAGGAGGAAACUAUGGCACAAACUUCGAUUAGCAUAACAAUGUAUCCAGAUCCGGUCACCGAAGAACAGAAAUCAGAAUGCGAAAUCCCAUCGAAUGUGAAAAACAGUUGCCUGAACGACGUUGGCGUUAUAGUGGCGUUUUCUGUACUGGGUGCACUUUUACUGGUGACCAUGGUUGUGGCCGUCUCAGUGGUUGUCCGUGCAUCUAGACAGUUGCAGGCCAGCCGUGCCAAGUCCGAGCUAUGAGGAGGUUCAAAACAAAACGUGAUACAGAUCGUCGCAAUGACUGAUUAUAUAUAUAUAUAUAUAUAUAUAAUGGUAUACAGCACCGGAUCCGAGAGAACAACUCGGCGUAUACUGCAUAACUUUCAAAAUUGUUGACAAUUUUUUUUUUCUUUUGCAAUACACAUACGACUGUUUGUUGUUAUACGACUGUGUAUAAUCUUGUACAAAAUAUCCGUGCAUAUAUGUUUUAAGACGACGAUUUGCAAAAUAGUGCUGUUAAUUAUUUCGUACAAACUUAAAAAGCCUUGAAGUGCUGUCUUCUAAGCCUUAGAUAGUGUUAACAAUACAGAUGAUGGACAAUGUGACAUGUAUGCAUAACGUAACUGAAUUUGCAAUUUCAGGCUGGGUCAACAUUUCCUGUGGUAAAAGGGGUUAAAAACUCAGUUCGAAAGAUUUUCCGGGUGCAAAUAAAGUAUUUUAUGUUGAA